AGGGAGGGGCGCGUGGGUGGUGUUGGCAGCCGCUGAUUGGUCGGUGCCCCGGAGCCGGCAGCAGCGGAGACGGCUUCGGACUCUUGGAGGCGAGAAGGAGCGAGUGUGCGGGCCGGGCCGUGAGGGGCGCGGAGAUGCCUCGGCCGGGCGGAGGCCUGCCUGCCCCGCUGCCGCUGGGUCUCCUGCUUCUCCUUUACAGCAGCAGCCUGGCUAGGGAAGCCGGGGCGAGCGCUGUCACUUGCGGCUCGGUGCUGAAGCUGCUCAACACCCGGCACAACGUGCGGCUCCACUCGCACGAGGUCAAGUACGGAUCCGGAAGUGGUCAACAGUCAGUGACUGGAGUUGAAGCGUCUGAUGAUGCUAACAGCUACUGGCGGAUUCGAGGCAAAAUUGAUGGUUCCUGCCAGCGAGGAACACCAGUGAAGUGUGGGCAAGCAGUACGCCUUACCCAUGUAAAUACAGGGAAAAACUUGCACACUCACCACUUUCCAUCACCACUUUCUAAUAACCAGGAGGUAAGCGCUUUUGGUGAUGAUGGAGAAGGAGAUGACUUGGAUGUGUGGACAGUGCAGUGCAGCGGGUCACACUGGGACCGGAAUGAUGCAGUCCGCUUCAAGCACACAGGAACGGAUGUAUUUCUUUCAGUGACAGGUGAACAGUAUGGCCACCCAAUCAGGGGCCAACAGGAAGUCCAUGGCAUGCAUUCGCCUAAUCAUCACAAUUACUGGAAGGCAAUGGAAGGUGUUUUCAUUAAGCCCAGCUUGGACUCUACAAAGCACGAUGAGCUCUGAAUGUGUGAAGGACCUCGAUGUAGAUCUGAAUUGCUACUGUUUUAGCAGCAAUGAGAUGCAGUAGGAGGACACCGUAUUUUGUGAAUAACUGGACUUCUGAUCUAUUCAGAUUGACAAGGGGUAGAUUGGCUUUGUGGCUCAUGUUAAUUUUCAUCAGCCAUUUCCUUUUCCUUAUCUCAUUCACUCCUUUCCUUUUCCCUUCAUUAAGAGAAAAUGAUGAAACUAAACUUUGUCAUCCAAAGUGCAAGAAAAUGAUUAAACUGUAAACUAUCUAAUCCAAAGUGCAAUAAAACCUGAAUUUUAUCAUUCUGUA